UAGAACUGCUCGGUCUUCACAAAAAAUAAAAAAGACCGCGGGUCUCCCUCGCAGCUUUCGUGCGCAGUCUUCCAUGGCGGAGUAUAGCCGAGUACACGAGGGUCUCGUGGUGAAGGGUUUUCUCUUCAGUGGGUUCUUAGCUGGAUCCACCUCACCAAGUUCUAGAGCCAGGGUUUGGUUUACAGCCGUUCUUUCGUCAUUACCCACGCAAGAUUGCUCGUUAGGUGUUAAUGGGAGCUGAUUCCUCCGUCCGCGUUGGGCCCGACUGGCCAUUGGGUGGAAAAAAGAGUAGAGAAUUGGUCUCGGAUUCGAAUUUGUGAGCAUCGGAAUGAAUUCGAUUCUUCUCUCUUUAAAUUCAACUCUUCUGCUAUUUGGAAGCUUAUCCUACGACAUUGGAAGAGAUCAGGUCUUCGUCUUUUUUCGUGUACUAUUUUUUGAUUGGUUUUAUCGGAACGAAUCUCCUGAUGGAAUGUUUACUCGAAUGAAUAACUGUAUUAAUGUUCUCGAAUUUAGGGUUUGGUUCUAAGAUUUGUUGUGGGAGAUUGGGGAAGAGGUUUACUGUUUGCCACUGUUGGAAACUAGCUGUGGAUUGAUGCGGCUAGCAACCCCAACAAGACCAUUGGGACAAAAGGAGGAGCUGCCAUUUCUCUGUGGCUGUGAAGGGCUUGAAAGAGGAGCAUGAUAGAUUAUGGUCUAAAGUAGAUGUUUGAUUCUGGUGCCCAGCUUAGUCACUCGUGCUUGCAUGCAUAUAUAAGGGACUGGGCAAGAGCAGCAGAAGUUAAGCAUCAAAAGCUUCUGGUCUGCUUCCUAAACAAAGAUGAACGCACUAGCUGCAACAAGUAGAAAUUUCAAGCAAGCGGCUAAACUUCUGGGUUUGGACUCUAAGCUGGAAAAAAGUUUGCUGAUUCCUUUCCGAGAGAUCAAGGUGGAGUGUACAAUCCCCAAAGAUGAUGGUACGUUGGCUUCUUUUGUGGGAUUCAGGGUGCAGCAUGACAAUGCCAGAGGUCCUAUGAAGGGUGGAAUCAGAUAUCAUCCGGAGGUUGAUCCAGAUGAGGUAAAUGCCCUAGCUCAACUGAUGACUUGGAAGACUGCUGUAGCAAAUAUCCCUUAUGGAGGAGCAAAAGGUGGAAUAGGAUGUGCACCCGGAGAAUUAAGUAUUUCAGAGCUCGAACGAUUAACCCGAGUUUUUACACAAAAGAUACAUGACUUAAUUGGCAUUCAUACUGAUGUACCAGCACCAGAUAUGGGAACAAACCCUCAGACAAUGGCAUGGAUAUUGGACGAGUACUCCAAAUUUCAUGGCUACUCUCCUGCAGUUGUAACUGGGAAACCUGUCGAUCUUGGCGGAUCUCUAGGUAGAGAUGCGGCUACUGGAAGGGGAGUCCUAUUUGCUACACAAGCUUUACUUGAAGAAUAUGGAAAGAAUAUCUCAGAUCAGCAUUUUGUUAUACAGGGUUUUGGAAAUGUGGGUUCCUGGGCAGCCAAGCUUAUCUGUGAACUCGGUGGGAAGGUUAUUGCAGUUAGUGAUGUCAGUGGAGCAGUUAAAAAUACAAAGGGCCUUGAUAUUGAAAAAUUAAUCAAACAUGCCUCAGAGAAUCGUGGGGUUAAAGGUUUCAAUGGCGGAGACGCUUUUGAUCCCAACUCACUAUUAACUGAAGACUGUGAUGUCCUUAUCCCUGCUGCACUGGGCGGCGUGAUAAACAGGGAAAAUGCAAACUACAUAAGAGCUAAAUUCAUUAUUGAGGCUGCCAAUCAUCCCACAGAUCCAGAGGCUGAUGAGAUUCUGUCAAAGAAAGGUGUAAUUAUUCUACCUGAUAUCCUUGCAAAUUCAGGAGGAGUUACUGUGAGUUAUUUUGAAUGGGUUCAGAACAUUCAAGGAUUUAUGUGGGAUGAAGAGAAGGUGAACUCUGAGCUGAAGGCAUACAUGAAGAAAGGUUUCAAGGAUGUGAAGGAGAUGUGUGGGACCCACAACUGUGACCUUCGCAUGGGAGCUUUCACUCUUGGUGUCAACCGAGUCGCCCGAGCGACGGUCCUCAGAGGUUGGGAGGCCUGAUUUUAGGGAAAAUAUUAUGUCGCCUGGACGUGUGGACGGCGGCGUGGAUCGUACCACGCCAUGUAUCUGGCGGCAUAGUGUGAUCCAUCCUAUUGGUUGCAUGUUCGAUUUACCAGACGUAAUGUUUUAUCUUAAUUUUAAAGUUCUUUAAACUUCCCCUUUUAUAAGGAUAUAUAUAUUUUACCCUCAAUGAAAGACAUUUUGUGAA